AGGGGGGAAAAGACAUUAUUUUCUUCUCCUGUGUGGUCUUUGAAAAGCAAAGCAACAGCAUCUUUAGACAAGAUGUGCUCUUGCAGGAAUUUAAGUGGAAGAGACAAAGAAACCAUGCUACCAGCAGCAUCAGAGAAAAAAACUGAAAUCACCAAGCAAUGAGAAUUCAGUCCAGAGAAGCUGAGGAGAAGAAAAAGCAAACUGGCAAACAGAGAUCAGUCAGGAAAUAAUUCGUGUAGAAAGGGAUACAAAAAAUGUGGUGUUUGUAACAUUUUCACAGCAGUACUACCAUAAAGAAAUUCUGUUCUGGAAUUUCCAUCAAGGAGCAACGAGCACUACAAUUAAGAUUCAAACGACAUCCUCAGUGCUGCAGCUUCUGCAAAGAACAUCUUCCCUUUCCACAGGGAGAUCAGCAUCAAGAGAGAAAAAAAACCUCCCAAAUAACAUCCUGAUGGGAAUAACCAUCCAAAACAUCACAGGAAACACAGCAAUGGUAAUUUGGCCGAAAAUGGCCAGUUGUGUCGACAGCUUUUACAGCAUCAUGUACCACCCUAACUGGAACAGCAUGCUGUCCAGCUACUCCAGAAAGAGCUUCCAGAGGGAAGAGAGGGUGCCCACCACUCGCUCCUCCUUUGUUGUUGAAAACCUGACCCCCCUCACAACAUACAUCAUGUGCGUGACCUGCCAGUCCGCAAACCCCUCCAGCGACCAGUGCAGAGUGUUCAACACACUGGAACGAGACCCGGCGUCGGCGAGCAGCACCAAGAAAGAGCUGGCACUGGGCAUCUGGCUCACCAGCAGCGUGCUGCUGCUCAUCAUCGCCGCAGUCCUGCUCUACGGCUGCCUGCACCUGCUGUGCCGCAGGAGACACGAGCGCUUGCAAGAGCGCAACAGGACCUCCAAACAAGAGCCUGAGGAGCCACGGACCAAAAGCGUGGCACGCGCCUCUGAUGAGUUCAGCAGGCAGAGCCAGCACGCACAGGACGCUGAGGAAAAGCAUCCACACAGCAUCCAGCUGGCCACAAUCAUAGAGAAUCCCUCAGUGUGCAAUGAGCCCAUCAUGCCAUCUUCUAAAAGUCAGGAGCGAGUCCCAGUAACAGGACAGUGCUCUGCUAUACAUUAGAAAUGUUUUGUCCAGGAGAAAGUUUUUGCCACCUAAGGUACCCCAACUACUUCAAACACAUCAGUCUGUAUGCAAAGGUUCACAUGCCCAAGAAGUGAGCACUUCACCCACCCUCCAUUAUUUAAAAAUUAAGCAUGUAGCAAGUAACUGGCUUACAUUUCAAGGGGAUCUUUUUGUUGCUUUUCUUCAGCCUAAAACAGCAAACAAAUAUAAAAAGUGACCAAAAUACUUUUUGUUAACUAGCAUGAAUAAAACUGAGUAGGAGUUUUCAGACGGCCAGCCAGACUGCUACAGUAUAGGCAACUGGAACAUACACACAGAGUGCAGUGGUUUGCCAGAGUUACACCCUGGCAAUCCCAGCUGCUUCCCAAAACACACACUACAAGCAGUACUAUACUCAGACAACACACCUCACUGUCCAUGGUGUUGUCUAUCCCUCCCAUCUGCACUGAGGUCAGUCUCAGAAUGUAAGAUAAACUCAUCAGGAUUUUAAUUGUUUCCUGUCAUCUGUCUUAUUUUCCCUCAGUCUAAAUACAUGCAAGAUAGAGACUUAGUAAGGACACAUCUAAUUAAGGAAAUAUCCUGGGUUAUUGCAUUUUGCACUCUUCUGCUCCCACCACAGGCUACCUUCUGCUCCAUGGGCCAGAGACUCCCUGCAGAGGAAAUGGAAUUCAGAGAUGCAGCUCAUGGCCCUACCUUUUUUCUUUCCCUUUCAGCUUUAAUAAUAACACGCAUUAAUCAGCUGCAAAUUUCCUUUCAAUUGCACAGUACAUUUUGUGUAAUGAAGGGGGGCAAAAUAGUAAAAACAUGUCAAAAUGCAUUUUUUUUUUGUAACAAGAAAACCUGCUGAUCACCUCACUCUGCCUUGAGCUUCAUGGCAAAGUGCCAAGGUCCUUUGGACAGAAAUCUGUUCACCCUCACAACGUGAAAAGUGUUGUCUGAUUUACCUGUGUAUGUCACCCUGUUUUAAACCUCUUAAGCGCAUUUGUGUUCCAUAAUAAAUCUUAGUAUUGCUGUAUAUUAUGACUAAAAAAAAAAAGGUGCACUGUGACUGCAGGCACUCAAUUGCUCUUGGUAUGAAUGUAUGUGUGAAGUCAGCUCUCUCUGACACUGGGUUGUACCAGGGAUGGCUGGAGAGCUGCUGGCUGGGCAGCUGCCACCCCCCUCCACCCUGGAAGGUAAGGGGGGGUACAAUUUUGGCAAGAGAGCUCCCCAUGAAUAUUUCACAGCAGGUAGUGGAUCUUUUCAGCCACUCUAUUUUGACAACAAUUCCCACGACUUGUGAAUUGCAUUGACUAUGAGUGCUAAGGAGAAGCUGGCAUAAGUAUGAUGAAUCUUCUUUACUCUUUUUUUUUUUUUGAGUAGGAUAAGCAUGACACACAGAGCACUUGCUGAACGGGGGCGAGUACGACUUUCAGAAAACACUUCAAAAGGCAUUUUUAUUGUGUGAA